AUGAUCCAAUUUUUUCGACAACAACCUGAUUACCAGUACCUUACUCAAGCUGCCAACAGAGAAGAAGGGAAAACAGUCCUACCCGAUUCCUUUACUCCGAGCGAAAACGAUGUCAUCUGUUCUAGAGCAAAGGUAUCUCAAAGCCAUCCUGGAAAUCUUGCCUUCAAUGCAAUCAUCAACAGUUGUGUUUCUGAAUAUGCAAAUGCUAGUGGAAAAAUUGAGAAGUCCAUUAUUGUUUCCAACAUUAUCAAUACAGUUCGAAGCAAAAGUCCAAAUGGAGGAUUUGUCAAGCAAAUUGCUGGACAAUGGUACGAGAUUGGGACCUCCACUGCUCGAGAAAGAGUCAGCCAAGCACUUCGAGAUAGACUAAGUGGAAAAUACCGCUCCAGUUCUAGCUCCAAGCGAAAGAGAAAGAACGAAAUCAACGCUGAAAUGAACGAUCAUUUGGACGCCUUUGUGGAAUCAAAUCAAUUCGUCGCCAAGAUAAUGAGAACAUUGUCGGGUGCCAUCAAGACACAUGCUAGAGUGAUGGGAGACGUACAGCUGGGAAUGAUGAUGAACAGAAUGAACAGUGAAAUUCUGAACGAACUGAAAAAGACAUCGACGAUGAUCCUUCCGUCCCUAUCUCAAUAG